CAGUAAACGGCCGGAGCCUGAGCGGUCUAUGUCAGGAUAGGCGUCGCGCCGCGCUGCCCCCGGUCGAACACCCGCGACCCGUGUGCGCGCCGACAGUGCGAAACAAAACCAUCAACUCCUCUCUUAAUAAUAUCUUCAUCAGCACAAGAUAUAAAUCACACCUUUUAAUCAACAUACAAAACGCACCACUUGUAAAUUGCUUUGCAUUGAAAGUUUUUCACGUCGAAAAUUCGAAAUCCACCGCGGCGGCAACAGGAAGCGGCGGAUGAAAGUGCGCGACGCUAUGUCGCAGAGUGCGGGCAAGAAGUGCUGCUUCUUCGGGGGAGGCAAGGGUGGCGAGCGGCUGCAGGAGCGCCCGACUCGCAAACGGGUUGGAUUUUAAUACCGCAAGCAAAGGUGUUUGCAACAAGUUACUUGGUUCUGCUAGCGCCGAAUUGAGGUUGGAAUCGUGCGCGACUUAGCGACGACAGUGGCGGCGGCGGCGGCGCUUACAACGGUGGCGCAGAUCGGCGCGCGUUUGGGGGCGCCGGCGGGAUGCACGCGAAUGUGCAAUGUGAAAAGGGCGCAUGGCGUCUGCCUCCGGACGAAACCCUACAGGUCGGCGAUAAGUCCAAAAAGGAUGAGGUAGGUAGCGACGAGGAGCUAGCGCUGCACGGCGAGGAGGGGCACAACUGGUGGUCGAUCAUCUUCUCGCUGCUGGUGAUCAGCCUGGUCAUUUCCGGCAUCGUCACCGCCAUCUACCUGCUCGGCUAUGUCGACGAGCUUCUUUACUGGCAUGGCAAGCGUAUGAAUCUUGAUGAAUAUCUGCAGGGACAUUUAAAUCCAAGCAGAUUGCCACCAUCGUGGGUAUCGAGCACGCACUUCGUGUUCCAGAGCGACGACGGCGGCUUAACCCUAUUAGACACGAGCAAUUUUACAAUUAGCCUGCUGGUUACUAAUCACACGCUGCGACAAUUAAAUGUCAGAGGUUAUCAGUGCACCAAGGACCUUAAAUACGUAUUAUUCGAGCAUAAUGUUAAACAAAUUUUUAAAAACAAUCGUGUAGUAUUCAGACAAUCGUAUACAGCGCAUUACACCAUCUAUGACGUCAGCAAUGAUCAUCAUAUACCGGUGCGAUUGGCGGCGUCGGCGUCGAAAGCGCAACCACAGCGUCUGCAGCACGCGAGUUGGCUGGGCGACACGCACAAAAUGCUGAUCAUCUUCCGAAACGACAUCUACGUGCGGCAGUCGCCGUGGGACGACGUCGACUUUCAAUUGACGUUCAACGGCGAGCCGGACGUCAUUUUUAAUGGAAUUCCGGACUGGCUCUAUCAAGAGGAAGUGAUGCGGAGACGCACGGCGAUGUGGCCCUCACCGGACGGCACGCAUCUUAUGUACGUGUCCUUCAAUGAUAGCAACGUGGGAUUGCUGCAGUAUCCUUGGUUUGCCACCGGGAACGUUCUUACUGUCGGUGGCGUCGCCCAGAAACCCACGACUUUUCCUUCGAGUAGAACCAUUCGAUAUCCUACACCAGGAACACCAAACCCGACCGUUACGCUAUGGGUGCUCGACAUCUCCAACUACACAGACCUGCAGACCUUCGAAGUGAUACCACCGAAAGCAUUUCUCGGACAGGAUUAUUAUCUCACGUCGGCGGAUUGGAUCGGUCAGAACAACAGCCAAGUGUCGGCGGUGUGGAUGAAUCGCGCGCAGAAUCUGAGCAUCAUUUCAGCAUGUCUCGCUCCAAAUUGGACAUGCAUCGAGGUGCAUGUGGAGCGCGCCGCCGAGGACGCCUGGCUAGAGAUCCAGGAUCAUCCGGUGUUCGCGCCGGAUGGCGACAGUUUCCUCCUGCUCGCCUCUGUGCAGGAGGGCAGCGUCGACACGUUCACGCACAUCAAACACAUCACGUUGACGCAGCAGCGCAUCGCCGUUCUUAGUCAUGGUCGCUAUGAAGUGAAUAAGAUUCUGCGGUGGGAUACAAAUAGUCGUCAAAUAUAUUACUUAGCGACUGAGGAACAUAAACCCGGCCAGCGUCACCUGUACGUAGUGAAGGACCCCACGAAUGAUAUGUCCCGACGAGUGGAACCGCUCUGUAUCACCUGCGACCUCGGCGAGGUGCUCUGGAGCAGUAGGUAUUACUAUGCAAAUUGUACACACUUCAACGCGAUGGUGAGCCCGUCGACGGAAUCAACCGUCGCCCGAUACUAUGUCCUCGAGUGCGAAGGACCAGGUCUUCCAUUAGGCGGCGUGCACUCGUCGCGCACACACAAGCUGUCGAAGCUGCUGUACGACAGCCGGCCGAAACAGGGUCCGAUCCUGGGGGCGUUGGCGCUGCCCAGGCAGCGGUCAUUCGAGGUGCCUUUACCGCAGGGUAGCAAAGCUCAAGUCCAGCUCCUCCUGCCGCCCAGCUGGCGCGAGGAAUUGCGCGACGCUGCCUAUCCGGUCCUGGUCGAAGUUAAUGGUCGACCCGGAAGUAAAUCAGUGACUGAAGAGUUCAAAAUCGACUGGGGCACGUACAUGUCCAGCCAUUGCGACGUGGUCUACGUGCGUCUGGACGUGCGUGGUUCCAGCGGGCAGUCAAAUCGGGCCCUAUAUCGGCAUAUUGGUGGAGUUGAGGUGGCCGAUCAGAUUGUGGUCAUCAAGCAUCUGCUGAAUACACUCAGCUACCUCGAUGAGACGCGUGUGGGUGUUUGGGGUUGGGGCUAUGGAGGGUAUGUGACCGCCAUGGUGCUUGGUUCCCAGCAGAAGGUCUUCAAGUGCGGCGUUGCCGUCAGUCCUAUUGCUGAUUGGCUAUAUUACAAUUCGGCAUUUACGGAACGAAUUUUGGGCCUUCCAACGGACAAUUACAAGGGUUAUGUGGAAGCGGAUGCGACACAGCGCGCCAGCCACAUUCCCUCCAACUCGUUGUACAUUCUGCACGGCCUCGCGGAUAUUUCAACGCCGUACCAACAUGGCGUCUCGCUGGCUAGGGCCCUUACCGAAGCCAACGUUCUCUUCAGAUAUCAGAGCUACGCCGACGAAGGUCACGAUCUGCUCGGGGUUUUGGAACACGCUUAUCGCUCGAUGGAAGACCAUUUCCAGGAGUGCCUUAGUUUAGAUAUCGACGAUAGCGAACCGAAAGUGUCCGCGGACACUUGAAACCGCAACGCCGACGCCAACGCCGCGCCGCCAUUGAUAUCAGCCACGCGCCGCCAUCUUGAAACACUCAUCAUUCGACUCGCGUUGCAGAUGUAAUCCCUCCCCGAAAACCGCCGCAAAAACCGACGACUUUCGUCAGCUAUAAAACGCUUUUACUAAUUAACACUACGACUUAACAUACGAAUACAUACUUAGCAACUAAAAUCUAAAACUUGACACAUGAGAAAAGACAGUCCAAGCGCCUAUAAAUAAUUAAUCAUUAGACACGAUGUUCAUAUCUACAUUUGUAACAAAAAGCAAGUUUAUAACAUCGACGCCCCCCAGAGGAGAGGAGAGGACGAAGACGUGCGCGAAUUUAAUUACUAGAUAACUACGAUUGUUUAUAAAAUGCAGGGACUUUUCAAAACGUUGUUUUUUCAAUCCGUUUUUAUCUAUAUAGCGUGUGUUGGAGUUUGGAGUAUAAACGUGUAUUAAAUAUUGAAUUUAUAUUUGUAAUAUAAAUUUAAAUAUGUACUAUAUAAACAGGAGACGGAAGUAACUUAAAGAUUAUCAAUUAACACGCAAUUAAACAAAACUAAAAAAAAACACUUUCAACGUUUUAAAUCAUCUUUAAACUAACAUUUUAAACAAACAAAAAAUACGCUGAUGGUAAACAAAGUUUUAUGAUAACCGUAAUGUUAACAAAGAAAGCGAAUCUAGCUUCUUCAGACAACUUUAUACCUUCCACUCUCUUGUAAAGUAUUAGCUGAUAAGGCAACGGAUAGAUUUGAUUUGUUAUUUUUGUAGUGACUGAUAUGAAAAACGAAUUGUCUCACGGUUAUAACUAGAUAUUUAGAUAUAAUGUAACCCCUAAGAAAUGAUAACAAACAACUUGUUUUAUAUUUGUAGAGAUUUACGAUUGUUUGUUUUUAAAUUUUGCGUUUUACAGCAACACUGCUGAUGUUUUGGGUUUUGUUGCCUAUGAUUAUUGAAGUUGAUGACAACAAACAGACGAUCUCGAUACAAUUUGCGACACUAAUAUGCAAUUAUCUAACAUUAUAAUUCUGAUAAGAAAACGUCAAUUAUCUCUAAUUAAUUACAUAAAUAAAUGUUCGGCUUUUUAAAUCAAAUAUAAAUCGUAACGAUAAUAUGGGGUAUGAGAAUUCUUUUUGAUAACGAUAAUUGUUAGACGAAACAGUUUUAAUUCAUUACGUAAUUAAUAACAAUGUUAAAUGUUCACUAUAAGCGUAAGAGAAACACACAAAAACAAAAACACAAGUAAAGUAAACAAAACCCAGGACGAAAACUCGAAUUAUGUGCUUACAAUGUGCUAAACACUGCAAAUGUAAACGAAAACAAGAGCAACAGCAGAAAAUAGAACGAUUUUUGUGUGCGCAAAAUUGCCUACGAUAACACUAGUCACACAACCAGGUUAUGUAAGAUUGAAAUCAAAAUGUCCGCUUGAAACGAUCAAUUAUAACUGUCUUAAUUAUUAUAUACAUAAAAUAUGUAUCGGUUCGAUAGAUGAAUCUAGUAAUAUACUGGUUGUGACAUUUAGACGAAAGCAAACGCAGAUGAAUGAAUGUAUAAACUAAAAAAAAAGCAGCAGCGUACUCUUGUCGACACGAGAUGGAUUUUCAAACUUACUACGACUUACUAUUAAAUAUUACACGCAACUAUAUAUGAUGAAACAUCGGUUACACUUAUUGGUCGUGCUGUGCUUUAUUAUUAUUACCAAUGGAGGAAAAUCUAAUUUAUUCGAAACAAAAAGAAACGAGCAAGCAAAGACAAUCUAAAGUACUAAAAAAAAACAUUAAAACGUUUUGCUAUUUACUAAAUACAUAAUUGUUAGCUUUUACAAUUGAAAUGUUAAUCAGAGAUAAUCAACUAAUACCGAACGACGAUGAAAAGAUGGGGAAAUUAUUAAACGUGCAGCUGAAAUCGUUUUAUUUGCAACAACGCAAAAAGUAACUAGCAAUAAAUUGCAAUAAGUCAUGAUUUGUUUGAAAGAAAUUACGAAAUAGAUGAAAAUGUGUAUAUGGUACGAAUUAGUUGUUGAUUUUGUGAUAUCUAUUUGUUUGUUAACAAUUGCGAUCAAAUGUGAAAUCAAAUGAGCAGUCAAAAACACAUGAAAUGUAAAAAACUACAAAAAAUGUUGCCUAAUUGUUAAAUCUGUAAGUUUGUACUUGUAAGUACGUACUUAUUAAGGAAGGAAUAUUAAUUAUAAUUACAAUUACGUAAGUGACAUUUAAUACUCGUAUACAUGCAUUAAAAAAGAAAUCCAAGUAAACAGAAACCACACAUUGCAAGAAGACACAAAACGAUUUCAAUCAAUUCAUUAAUUACUACAUACUACCGUAAUUCAUGUGUUACUUAUGAGCGCUAUAUUGAUUAUUAUUAAUUAUAUUAAUGUGUAAGGAAUAAUGUGCAGAACACCAAAAAAUUAUUACUUAAAUUUACAUUAAACAUGUUCAAAAUGUGUAAAGACCGUUCGACGAUGAAUUGAAGAGCGCCAUGUUUCUGCACGCGGUUGCCGAACACGCAGGAAGCAAACAAUAAGUAGAUAAACGUUAUAGAUUUGGGUAAAAGGUUGGGCAGACGAUGGUAGCAAGCAAGAUUGGCUGCGAGAGAUGCAAGGACGAAUGUGAGGAAAUGAGUUUUAGGCAAUCUAAGGUGAAAUUUUAAAAUAUAAGAAAAUCUGAAAAUGAAAUGUUAAAUGUUUCGUUUUUGUAUUAAUAUAAUAAAAAUAAAAUCAGUUACA